GUAAAAGUGGAUUUUAUAUCAUUAAUUCCUCUGUUUCUCCCCCAUUGAAAAUGACAUCACCAUGGCUUUAAGCUCUACAAAUACAAAUAUUUAUUCUCUCACUUUCUCUGCCUGCAUGGUUUUUGAGAAUUGAGAAAACCCUUUUAAAAUUCUCUAUCGAUCUCAUCACAAAUUUUGCUAUAUCCACAAUUCAUGUGCUUAGGCAUAUAGUUAUUCCCAAGAAACCGGUUUAACUGUUUACGUAUGCAACCUCCGGCAAGCGCAGGACUUUUCCGGUCGCCGGAAAAUCUCCCUUGGCCUUAUAAUUACAUGGAUUAUUUGGUCGCUGGUUUCUUGGUUUUGACGGCCGGAAUACUUCUCCGUCCAUGGCUCUGGUUACGUCUACGAAACUCGAAAACGAAAGAUGGAGAUGAAGAAGAAGAUAAUGAGGAGAAGAAGAAGGGAAUGAUUCCAAACGGAAGCUUAGGCUGGCCGGUGAUCGGAGAAACCCUAAACUUCAUCGCUUGUGGUUAUUCUUCUCGGCCUGUUACCUUCAUGGACAAACGAAAGUCUUUAUACGGGAAAGUGUUCAAAACGAACAUAAUAGGGACACCAAUCAUAAUAUCAACCGAUGCAGAGGUGAAUAAAGUGGUGCUCCAAAACCAUGGGAACACAUUUGUCCCUGCAUACCCUAAAUCAAUUACGGAACUACUUGGAGAAAACUCUAUUCUCAGCAUCAAUGGACCUCAUCAAAAAAGGCUUCACACGCUCAUUGGCGCGUUCCUCAGAUCUCCUCACCUCAAAGACCGGAUCACUCGAGACAUUGAGGCCUCGGUUGUUCUCACUUUGGCGUCUUGGGCUCAACUUCCAUUGGUUCAUGUUCAGGAUGAGAUCAAAAAGAUGACGUUUGAGAUAUUAGUAAAAGUGUUGAUGAGCACAUCUCCUGGUGAAGAUAUGAACAUUCUCAAACUUGAGUUCGAAGAAUUCAUCAAAGGUUUGAUUUGUAUCCCAAUCAAAUUCCCUGGCACUAGACUCUACAAAUCCUUAAAGGCGAAAGAGAGGUUAAUAAAGAUGGUAAAAAAGGUUGUGGAGGAGAGACAAGUGGCGAUGACAACGACGUCUCCGGCAAAUGACGUGGUGGACGUACUUCUAAGAGACGGUGGUGAUUCAGAGAAGCAAUCUCAACCGUCAGAUUUCGUCAGCGGAAAGAUCGUAGAGAUGAUGAUACCCGGAGAGGAAACAAUGCCAACGGCGAUGACCUUGGCUGUCAAAUUCUUAAGUGACAACCCCGUCGCUCUAGCCAAACUCGUGGAGGAGAAUAUGGAGAUGAAGAGGCGUAAAUUGGAAUUGGGAGAAGAAUACAAGUGGACCGAUUAUAUGUCUCUCUCUUUUACUCAAAAUGUGAUAAACGAAACGCUUAGAAUGGCUAACAUUAUUAACGGGGUGUGGAGGAAAGCUCUCAAGGAUGUAGAAAUUAAAGGUAAAUUUCUUAACUAUAAAUUGAUUUUCCUUGUGAUGAAACUAUAUAAUUUUUUGGUGGGUGAAUGAGCAGGUUACUUAAUACCGAAAGGAUGGUGUGUAUUGGCAUCAUUCAUAUCGGUUCACAUGGAUGAAGACAUUUAUGAUAAUCCCUAUCAAUUCGAUCCGUGGAGAUGGGACAGAAUUAAUGGAUCGGCAAACAGCAGUAUUUGCUUCACACCCUUUGGUGGUGGGCAAAGGCUAUGUCCUGGUUUAGAGCUGUCGAAGCUCGAAAUAUCCAUCUUUCUUCACCACCUUGUAACCCGGUACAGUUGGACGGCUGAGGAAGACGAGAUAGUGUCAUUUCCGACUGUGAAGAUGAAGCGGAGGCUCCCGAUCCGAGUGGCUACUGUAGAUGAUAGUGCUUCUCCGAUCUCACUUGAAGAUCAUUAAUAGAUCAUUUCAAAGAACAAAACUGUUUGUGCAAAGAGGAAGCAGAGAAGUAAACAAAUGAUCUUAUUAACAAAUAGUAGAGAAGAGAAGCAAACAAGAUUGGUGGGUAAGACAGAAAGAGCCAUACGUACAGCUAGUGAUGGCUCAAAGAUGAGAGAUUCUAAUUAUAAUUUUUUUUGUUUGUCAUGUCAAAUUAUAAGCGUUGGUUAGGUUGUCCCUUUCUCUUUUAUUUAUCGUACCAAACGCAAGUUGAGAUAUGAUUCCAUAUAUAUGGAUGAUAGAUAUGUAUAUUAAUAUAUACCUUCUUCUUUUUUUGGCAGCUAUUAACAUUAUGCCUAUCUCGUCUCUAUCUAGCUUUUGUUUUAUGCUCGAGAAAAUUUAGACGAAAAUAUAUCGAAAAAUCGACGACUAGUCUCGAUCGAUAAUAUGAUGAUCACUUCAUUUA